UGGCUGAAGCCCGAGUGCGGAGAAGCCCGGGCAAACGCAGGCUAAGGAGACCAAAGCGGCGAAGUCGCGAGACAGCGGACAAGCAGCGGAGAAGGAGGAGGAAGUGAACCCAGAGAGGGGCAGCAAAAGAAGCGGUGGUGAUGGGCGUCGUGGCCAUGGCGGCGGCUAUCGCCAGCUCGCUCAUCCGUCAGAAGAGGCAAGGCCGCGAGCGCGAGAAAUCCAACGCCUGCAAGUGCAGUCCCAGCAAAGGCAAGACCAGCUGCGACAAAAACAAGUUAAAUGUCUUUUCCCGGGUCAAACUCUUCGGCUCCAAGAAGAGGCCCCGAAGAAGACCAGAGCCUCAGCUUAAGGGUGUAGUUACCAAGCUAUACAGCCGACAAGGCUACCACUUGCAGCUGCAGGCGGAUGGAACCAUUGAUGGCACCAAAGAUGAGGACAGCACUUACACUCUGUUUAACCUCAUCCCUGUGGGUCUGCGAGUGGUGGCUAUCCAAGGAGUUCAAACCAAGCUGUACUUGGCAAUGAACAGUGAGGGAUCCUUGUACACUUUGGAACUUUUCACACCUGAGUGCAAAUUCAAAGAAUCAGUGUUUGAAAAUUAUUAUGUGACAUAUUCAUCAAUGAUAUACCGUCAGCAGCAGUCAGGCCGAGGGUGGUAUCUGGGUCUGAACAAAGAAGGAGAGAUCAUGAAAGGCAACCAUGUGAAGAAGAACAAGCCUGCAGCUCAUUUUCUGCCCAAACCACUAAAAGUGGCCAUGUACAAGGAGCCAUCACUGCACGACCUCACGGAGUUCUCCCGAUCUGGAAGCGGGACCCCAACCAAGAGCAGAAGUGUCUCUGGCGUGCUGAACGGAGGCAAAUCCAUGAGCCACAAUGAAUCAACGUAGCCAGUGAGGGCAAAAGAAGGGCUCUGUAACAGAACCUUACCUCCAGGUGCUGUUGAAUUCUUCUAGCAGUCCUUCGCCCAAAAGUUCAAAUUUGUCAGUGACAUUUACCAAACAAACAAGCAGAGUUCACUAUUCUAUCUGCCAUUAGACCUUCUUAUCAUCCAUACUAAAGCCCCAUUAUUUAGAUUGAGCUUGUGCAAAAGAAUGCCAAGCAUUUCAGUGAACUAAAUCUGGGAGAAGGACUGCCAAAUUUUCUCAUGAUCUCACCUGUACUUUGGGGAUGAUAAUCCAAAAAGAUUUUACAGCACUAAUGCUGAUCAAAAUUUGCUCUCCCACCAAGAAAAUUUCAGAGACCACAAUUGUUCUUCAAAAACAAACAAAACAUAACAAAAUUAACUGCUUAAAUGUUUUGUCGGGGCAAACAAAAUUCUGUGAAUUGUGUUGUUUUCUUGGCUUGAUGUUUUCUAUCUACACUCGAUUCACAUGUACUCUUUUCUUUGGCAUAGUGCAACUUUAUGAUUUCUGAAAUUCAAUGGUUCUAUUGACUUUUUGCGUCACUUAAUCCAAAUCAACCAAAUUCAGGGUUGAAUCUGAAUUGCCUUCUCAGGCUCAAGGUAACAGUGUUCUUGUGAUUUUACCAAUUUUUUUUUUUUUUUAGAUUUGUAGUAUUCUGGUCAAGUUAUCGUGCUGUACUUUGUGUGUAGAAAUUGAGUUGUAUUGUCAACCCCAGUCAGUAAAGAUAUCUUCAAAAAAUUAUCCUCAAGUGUAGAUUUCUCUUAAUUCCAUUUGUGUAUCAUGUUAAACUAUUGUUGUGGCUUCUUGUGUAAAGACGGGAACUGUGGAACUGUGAUGUUGUCUUUUGUGUUGUUAAAACAAGAAAUGUCUUACCUAUAUAUGUAUGAGUCCUCCUGUCAUUGUAUUUGGCAUAUGAAUAUUGUGUGCAAGGAAUUGUUAAGACUGGUUUUCCCUCAACAACAUAUAUUAUACCUGCUACUGGAAAAGUGUUUAAGACUUAGCUAGGUUUCCAUUUAGAUCUUCAUAUCUGUUGCAUGGAAGAAAGUUGGGUUCUUGGCAUAGAGUUGCAUGAUAUGUAAGGUUUGUGCAUUAAUAGUUGUUAAAAAUCUGUGUUCCAAAAGUGGACAUAGCAUGUACAGGCAGUUUUCUGUCCUGUGCACAAAAAGUUUAAAAAAGUUGUUUAAUAUUUGUUGUUGUAUACCCAAAUACGCACCGAAUAAACUCUUUAUAUUCAUUCAAAAAAAAA